CCGCUGCCAGCGGGGCCAGGCCUUUCUCACCGCCAAGUCCCGCGGUCCCGCAUAAAGGCGCUAGAGGGGCGCGGGCCAGGCCUCGGCUGCGCUCGGACGCCACCGCUGAGUCGGACACCAGCGCGGGGGCGGGGGCCCGCGUGGCGAACAGUGUUCUCCGGGAUCUGGGUCACAUCUCCCAGCGUCCAGCGGGAUCGAAGGAGAUCUUGUCCUCGAGCGACAGCAGUAGACACUGAGGUUAGACCAGCCAGAGGAGAGGACCACAGGCUGCCCAGGCUGGUGGAGGGGCGGGGGCCAGGCCCGUGGGCCAGGAGAGGCCGCCAUCCUGCCGGCCAGAGGGAGAUGCCGCCGACACUAGGUCGGCAGACAGGUGGGAUGAAGGUCGUGAGCCUGCCGAUCCUGUAUUCGGGGUCUGCCCUCCACAGUUCCCGCCGCCCUAGGAUCUAAUAGCGGGUAAGUGGCCAGAGUUUAGGGGGCUGGCCCUGGGGAAGAACCCAAACUGUGAACUGGGGGUAGAGAGUGGGGUGUGGACUGGAGACCUUUAAGCCUUUUCACCACUGGGGGGGAAAGGGGUGGCAGCCCCGCCCCUCCACUUAGCCUCACCCUCCCUCCCAACAGGUUACAUGGGGGCUGAGAGCAUCUACCCUACUUCCCUAUCUAGAGCUGCAAUGUACGUGGAAGUAGAGGAGUGCUGAGUUACCCCUCCUGUUCCGUCUUUCCUUUGCAAAAGCCAAGGGCCGCCUCCUGGUAGGGUUAGGUCCUCCCUACCUUGCAGAGCAGCCUUGACCCAUGUACCCAUCCCAUUUGAGCGUCCAAGGUCAGAAGCUUCCCCCAUAACUACACACAUACACACACAGUCGGAAUCUGGCCUUAGAAUUGGGACUCUUGGGAAGGGAGGCGGGGUUCUGCUCUGCAUCUCACCCCCAGUGGACACUGGCCAUCUCCAAGCUGCAGUGAGAACUGGACCCCUGGAAGUGUGUUGUAGGUACGCUUACCUGUGCAUAGAGGUGUGUGUGAGGACUGUGUGCACAUGCGCGUACUUGUCCCUUCUGUGAUGAUGGUCCCUGAACCACUGUAUGAGUGGCUUUGUGUGCACAUCUAUGUGUGUAUGCCAGACCCUCCAGUGAGUGAAUAGUGGGAUGAUCUUUUUCACUCUCCUUGUCAGCCUGGGAGGCAGGUGACCUGCUGAAUGAAUGGGCCUGGGAAUACAACCUCAUGUGUGACUAUCUAUGAACAUGUGUGGCAGGUCCUUUAUGCGAGCAUGUAUGUACACAAACCUUCCUGUGUGUGUGCAUGACUGAUAAGUAUGUGUGUUCACAGCCUUCCUGUGAACAUGUAUGUGUGCACCUGUGUGCAUGCACGUUACCCCCUCUGGUCAUGUGACUUGUGUAAGCCUGUGUAAGCAUGCCGUGCUCCACACUCUGAGUGGUUCCUCUCACCUGGGUGUGUUCCACCUGCCCAAUCCUAGGAACUGAACCUCCUACCCAUAGGGCUUCCCCACCCUUGCACUAAGCAAAUAGGAGGCCCCAAAGGUAAACAGGUGUACCUCACAGUGAAGACUGGGACAUCAGCAGUUUGCCUGAGGCACCUCCUGCCCCAGCUCCCUAAGCAGGAGCUGAUGUCCUCUCUGGGGUCCAGGGACCCUCCUUCCACUAUUCCGUUCUCCCCCUCUGGAUCAUGCUCACUAGGGUGCUGACCUUUACCUCUUAAAUAAAUGUUCCAAACUCCUAUUCUCCCUCUGGCCAGUUCCUGGUUCCUCCCCUCCCAUCAAGGCCACGUAGUUAAUAUUUUACUUGGAAGGGGUUGGGGGGCAGUGGCCCCUUUGGCCCUGUUUGUGUGAAUCUGAUAGGGCCAGGUGGGUCAGGCUUCCCGCACAUCUAGCCCAGCCCAGGAGGCCUUCACAGCCCCAUCAAGAGAUCAGACUGAUACAGGAACCAGAUAAGGUCUGCCCCCUCCCCCGCUCCCCAUCCCGUUGGCUUCAGAGAGGAUCAGGUGAGGGAAGUCUCCAAGAUGGGCCAGGAGCGGUGGCCAGGAGCUCAGGUCCUAUCAUCCACCUUUCCCCUGUUGCUCAUGUCUGAGUUUGCUGGCCCUGUGCACUGCAGCCUCCUGCACUGACAUUACACCUGUGUAAUCAGGGGGCCAGGUACCCCCUCCCAUGCCUAUGAGUGCCUCUUUGCAGGUAGGGGCACGCGUGGAUGCCCAGCCAGAGGGUGUAGUACAGACUCGAAUGGGCAGGGAAGAGAUGUGCACCCCCUCGGAGAAGAAUGCUGAGGAGGAGAAGUGUCUAAUUAAAGAGAAAUUCCAGAGGGAGCUCUCAGGCCAGGGAAAAGAAAAAACAAAGGGAAAGCAGGACAAAGUAAACAAAGGCCCAUUAACCAUCUCUACGCAGGCCCUCCUGCAUAAGGCACCCCCGCAGGCCAGGGGACAGCUGUUUGCCUGAGUUGAGUGAAGCUGAACUUCACCAAGAAAACGGACCUCAGAAAACCAGGACUAGCCCUGCGAUCGGAGCAGGGUGACCCUCUCAGUCACCUACAACCCUCCAAUGACCCCACGACUCCCUUGCACCAUGGAGUUUGUUUUUGAUGUGGAAAGGCAGUGUAUGAUCCAUCCCCCUCUCUGACCUCCUACCUGGGAUUCCAUGGCCACACAACCCUGUGAUUCCAGUUCCCCCCGAUUCCAGGACCCUCCUUGGCCGCAUGACCCAUACUCUUCCGAGUGACCUCCCUGGACCUUGAUCCCUGUGACUGUUCUUUCCAUUGUCCCCUUGACUCUGGCCCUGACUCCCCUUGGGGGUCUUGUUGGUCUAGUCCUCCCCAGGAAGAUGUUGGGGAGGCUCUGGCCCCUUCUGCUGAGCUUCCUCACAGCUACUGCAGUCCCUGGACCCUCGCUGCGAAGACCUUCCAGAGAACUAGAUGCCACCCCUCGGAUGACCAUCUCCUAUGAAGAGCUUUCCGGGACCCGGCACUUCAAGGGCCGAGCCCAGAACUACUCAACGCUGCUGCUGGAGGAGGCUUCAGCAAGGCUGCUAGUGGGAGCCCGAGGCGCCCUGUUCUCUCUCAAUGCCAAUGACAUAGGAGAUGGGGCUCAUAAAGAGAUCCUUUGGGAGGCCUCUCCAGAGAUGCAAAGUAAAUGUCAUCAAAAAGGGAAAAACAACCAGACCGAGUGCUUCAACCACGUGCGAUUCCUGCAGCGGCUCAAUGCCACCCACCUCUACGCAUGCGGGACUCACGCCUUCCAGCCCCUCUGUGCAGCCAUUGAUUCUGAGGCCUUCACCUUGCCAACCAGCUUUGAGGAGGGGAAGGAGAAGUGUCCAUAUGACCCAGCCCGAGGCUUCACGGGCCUCAUCAUCGAUGGAGGCCUGUACACAGCCACACGGUAUGAAUUCCGGAGCAUUCCUGACAUCCGCCGGAGUCGGCACCCACACUCCCUGAGAACCGAGGAGGCACCGAUGCACUGGCUCAACGAUGCUGAGUUUGUGUUCUCCGUCCUGGUGCGGGAGAGCAAGGCCAGCGCAGUGGGUGACGAUGACAAGGUUUACUACUUCUUCACCGAGCGCGCUGCCGAGGAGGGCUCGGGCAGCUUUCCCCAGAGCCGCAACAGCCACCGUGUCGCCCGCGUGGCCCGUGUGUGCAAGGGAGACCUGGGGGGAAAGAAGAUCCUGCAGAAGAAGUGGACCUCCUUCUUAAAGGCGCGUCUCUACUGCCACAUUCCUCUAUAUGAGACUCUGCGUGACGUCUGCAGCCUGGACACUGACACCUCGGCCCGCACACAUUUCUAUGCUGCCUUCACGCUGACCACACAGUGGAAAACACUGGAGGCCUCAGCCAUCUGCCGCUAUGACCUGGCUGAGGUGCAGACUGUCUUCACAGGCCCCUACAUGGAAUACCAGGAUGGUGCCCGGCGCUGGGGCCGCUAUGAGGGUGGGGUGCCAGAGCCCCGGCCCGGCUCGUGCAUCACAGAUUCGCUGCGCAGCCGAGGCUACAAUUCAUCCCAGGACUUACCAUCCCUGGUCCUGGACUUUGUGAAGUUGCACCCACUGAUGGCCCGGCCAGUGCUGCCCACGCGGGGACGGCCCCUGCUGCUCAAGCGCAGCGUGCGUUACACGCACCUCACGGGGACACCUGUCACCACGCCUGCUGGACUCACCUAUGACCUGCUCUUUCUGGGCACAGCUGAUGGCUGGAUCCACAAGGCUGUGGUCUUGGGCUCUGGGAUGCACAUUAUUGAAGAGACACAGGUGUUCAAGGAGCCCCAACCUGUGGAGAAUCUGGUCAUCUCUUUAAUGCAGCACAGCCUCUAUGUGGGCGCCUCUAGUGGAGUCAUCCAGUUACCUCUCUCCAGCUGCUCCCGCUACCGCUCCUGCUAUGACUGUAUCCUGGCCCGGGACCCUUACUGUGGCUGGGACCCCAGCACCUAUACCUGCGUGGCCGCCACUGUAGCCAACAGAUCCCAGGGUAGCAGGACAACAGUGAUACAGGACAUAGAGCGAGGAAACCGAGGCUGUGAAGGCAACAGCAACACAGGGCCACCACCACCAGUGAAGACUCGCUCUGUCCUCCGGGGUGAUGACGUCCUCCUGCCCUGUGACCAGCCCUCCAACCUGGCCAGGGCCCUGUGGCUGCUCAAUGGGAGCAGGGGCCUGAGCGACGGGCAGGAUGGCUACCGUGUGGGUGUGGACGGGCUGCUGGUGACCGACACGCAGCCCGAGCACAGUGGCAUCUAUGGCUGCUACGCAGAGGAGAAUGGCCUCCGCACUCUGUUGGCAUCCUAUAGCCUCACCGUCCGGCGGGCCACUCCUGCCCCAGCUCCGCAAGCCCCUGCCAUGCCUGGGGCACAACUGGCACCUGAUGUGCGGCUGCUCUAUGUGUUAGCCAUCGCGGCGCUCGGUGGCCUCUGUCUCAUCCUGGCGUCCUCCCUCCUCUAUAUGGCCUGUCUUCGAGGGGGCAGACGAGGCCGGAGACGAAAAUACUCUCUGGGCCGGGCUGGCCGGGUAGGGGGAUCUGCCGUGCAGCUGCAGACAGUCUCAGGCCAGUGUCCAGGAGAGGAAGAUGAAGGUGACGAUGGGGAGGGGUCUGGGGGCAUAGAAGGCGGCUGCCUCCAGAUCAUCCCUGGGGAGGGAGCCCCAGCACCUCCGCCCCCGCCCCCGCCCCCACCACCGGCUGAGCUGACCAAUGGGCUAGUGGCACUGCCCAGUCGGCUGCGCAGGAUGAAUGGCAACAGCUACGUGCUCCUGAGGCAGAGCAACAACUGCGUGCCGGCAGGGCCCAGCUCCUUCGCCGAGGAGCUCAGCCGCAUCCUAGAGAAGAGGAAGCACACACAGCUGGUGGAGCACCUGGAUGAGAGCUCUGUCUGAGUGCGGCCUCCCAGGACAAAUGCUCUUCCAAGCCGGCCUGGCUGCCCCAGGCUGGGUCGCAGCCUCCCCAACACAGUCACCCUACCUUGACACCCCCCCACUCCAGGCCCUUCUCCCAACUUUUUGAUGUCCCUGUAGGGCUGGCCAGUCAGGCCCAGCCAAAGCCCCCUCCUCAGUCUUCACAGACCCAUCUGUGAGCAGCCCAGGCCAACCGGUGCUCCUCAGAGGCAGGGCUCUGCAGGUCCAGAUGGCCUCACUGUCACCACCCUCUGUAUGGCCCUCUGUGCUGGAUGGUCCCGAAACCAGACAAGACCUCUGCCAGCCACCAGAGCCACCUGAGCCCUGCAUACAUGCACAUGCGCACAUGGAAGAAUGUCUAUCAGCUGGGCUGCAGGGCCCCCACCCCGACCCUGGUGCAUUCUAGUGAUUUAUCCCACCUUCUGGACUUCGGGUACCCUCCCAACUGCCACAUGCCGUCCUAGCAAAUCCUCUCCCCAGUCCGUCCCAUGUGACCUCUUUGGCAAGAGCUUGGGAACAGGCCAGCCUGGGGAGGUAAGACUGCAUCAAUCCCCUUUUCUUUUCCCUUAGUAUGCCGCCCUCGUGAGUCAGCCCUCCCACCCACCUGGGUCAUUCUGGGAGUGACAGACGGAGCUCUAGGCAUGCGCCUUCCUCAUGCACAUGUGCUCACAUUUCCACUCGAACGCACCUUCUGAGCCUCCCCUUGCUGCCUCAGACCUGUGUGUGUCAGGUUUGGUCCGUGGACAUUUCAGAGGGAGACCCCUCUCCCAUUCCGCUGUCCUUGCAGACACCCUAGGACGGGUGACCAACUGCACUCUAUGAGCCAGCCUCCCUUUUUGGGGACCAAGUAUUUGCCACCCCUCGACUAGAGCAGGGGGAGGAGAGAUCUGAUGUCUCACCUGGCAUGUGAAGCCCGUUCUGGGAACUAUGCAAAGGGCAGAGGCUGGGAGUUUAGAUGCUGGGCUCCCACCCUGUCCUACCUCACCGGGGUACAUUCAGGGUCCAGGGGCCUCUGAAGUCUCCAGGCCCAUAUGGGACAAUCAAAUCCUGACUGAGCUUCCCCAUUUCCUUUGGGUGAGGAUGACUGUUAUUUUUGUAGUUGAACGUGGAAUCCCACGAUUUUUACUGCCCUUCACCCGACCUCUUCCACCUCUCCCCUACAAUGAAUGUAUUUAUUGUGAGAACGGCUAUACUUCUUUAGGAAUGCCCCCACUCACCCCCUCGGUGGGCGGAACAGGCAUGUACCAGAGUGGGGAGCCUGGGCUCAGCUCCUCCCCGCCUCGUUGGUGAAUAAAUACCCUCUUUACCCACAACUAUGAGUGAGCGGUCUGCUUAAUCUAGACUAGCCUUCUCCUAAUCACCAGGGCACAGACUU